AUGCUACGUAGGACAGGAGGAGAGCGUGGAAGUACCAAAAAGGUCUCCAUUGUCGAGAACCAAAUGGAUGUAGACUUGAGACGAAUCCAAGAAGAUAUUCUGACGCAGAUACGGAAUAGAUCCGCUUUUCCUCUACGUAGAGUGAAAAGGAACGAUCAAAGACAGGAUUCAACUCUUGAUGUAUAUCCGCGACAACGUCACACUUCAGGUCCAACAUCCAACAACCACCACUUCCUCACACGAACCAACUCCAUUUUUAAUGAAUCUUAUAGCCCAAGUGACUCAAAUUCAUUUCCUCUUCCUUCUCCACCAUUGCCCUCGCCGCCUCCUCCAGAUACCCUUCCCGUUGUAGAACCAGCGAAUCCCAUGUUGGGUUCCGAGGAAACCACUCAUUCUAACUCCAAUUUCAAGAGUUUUGUCCGUUUCCAUAAAAGUAUUAUUGAAAAGAAUAAUCAAGAAUCAGGGAUGCGUUCGCAGUCUACAUACAAGCUGUCAACCAGCCAUAGAAGCCAUACUCCAGCAAGAGGACUGACCUCUCGACCCCAAAGUUUGAUCAAAAUUCACUGUGAUAAUGAAGAGAACUCUGAUUCUCUGCAUAGACCUCCUUCUCCUCCCCUAAGGUAUAGUCCAAAUGAAGACAACUUCAAGCCAACCUUUGCAAGACCAAGUAGUAUGUUGGUUCAUAAAGGUGAACCUGGGCAAGAUUCUUCCCCUUCAGGCAGUGACGUAGAUGUCGCCAUUCGUAAAGCAGAAAAUCGCAAAAAACAGCUUGAGAUAAAACCGAGUACAGCUCAAAACACCCGAAGACUCUCAGGGACUACUGGGAAAUCAAUUAAUAUUCAGGACACUCAGUCUCCGCUUACAUAUUCUAAGUCAAAGUCCUCUCAGAAACAGCAGCCUGUUGUUAAGUAUUGUAUUUCAUCCAACGUAGAACUGGAAGAUUUCAAGGAGAGGGAGGAAGAAGAGAAGGGGAAGAAGGAGUUACUGCACAUACCUCUAAUUCGAGAUCCACCGAAGAUUUUUGUUACUCGGGGUGUGACGCCUUUUAGAAGAAUGUCACGACUUUCCCCAUCUUCUUCGUCUGCGUCCAGUUCUCCAGUGCUUGGUUGCAUAGAAGCUACGUCAUCGAUUGAUGAAGAAAAUCACACGUCACAUCGGGGAAAAUGGGUCUUUCCAACGCGCAGAAGCAUCUAUGCUGAGGAAAGUCAGCAGGUCCAAUACGAACUUCGAAGUAGUCUCUCUCGAAAGGAGGUGUCCGGUAAAUCGGAGGAAGAAAAGAAACCCCCACACCAUUACACUGGUCCAUGGAUGUUCAAAGGUCUAUCUCCACGUCUACUCCCACCUCUGGAGCGUUCACGUGAACGACGUUCUAUUUGCUCCACGUCCUCAAGAUCACUUUUCUGCCCCCUUACCGUCCAAUCUGAGAAUAGCCGCUCGACUACCAAAGUUGAUCGUAUGGUUUCUCCUAUUCCAUCGCCCCCUAUUCCUGCUCAAUCAACAACUUCAAUUUACGGAACUCUGAGCCGUUAUCCACGUUCGCGACACCAAAGUGGCGUGUUCUUGCCCAAACAAGGCGAUCUGGACAUUUCUAUCGGCAAUGGGAUACCAAAUAGCGGUUAUGCUACUUGGAGAGCUCCUCGUGGCCAUAUAAGCUUGACUGCCGAAUAUACUGGAGAAGCAGAUGAUAGAAGGACCUCGGCGAAUUUAGGCGCAAGCAGAAUCUCACUUUGGAAUCAAAAGGUAACAACUGUGGAACAUCCAGAACCGCAUCGAUUUGGAAGUCUUGGUAGAAAUAAAGAUCGUCUAAUACGAAAAUAUCUCCAACGUCAUUCGUCUAUUCAAGGGUCUAAAGUAUUCUUGCCUGAAACUAUUGGAUCAAGUGCCUAUUCGCACUGCAAUAAUCUCUGA